AUGUUUGAGACAAAGGAAUCAAGAGCAUCGAGAGGAAAGAAAACAGCCUUUGAGUACAAGGGCAAACCUGUUGACAGUAACAAGCUUGCCAGACUGGCUAAAGGUCUGGUGAGCAAGUUUCCGGGCAGGUCAAAUGAUAAGGCGGCUGUGAGGCCCAAGAUCGCGCCCCGAAUUUUCAUCAUGUGGAAUAUGCCUUAUGGAGCCCUAAGGUACUCACAGAGGAGCCCAAUCGACCAUGUCUCGCCCAUUGCCAUUGGCUUUACGCCCGCCGGAAAGAGCGACAUAUUCUUGUAUCAAUUUUCGCUCUCUGCAUACAAGACAGCUAGACACUGGAGAAAGGGCCUGCAUGAUUGGACUCUGGGCCUUCUGGACUUGAACAAGUAUAUGGAAAAUCUCUCCGUCUCCGCGGCCGGGGCGCCGGGCAGUCCCGGGGCAAGCCCAGAUGCCGAACAACAUCAUGUUCCCGCAAGCCAGUGGCUUGUGGAUGGCGUAACCCCAAGCAUCGUCUUCAAUUGA